AUGGACGCGUCACAGUACCCGACCAAUGGGUUAAACUCGAAUACACAAUCGUACCCAUCUCCACCUUCUGGAAUUACGCCUCAUCAACUUUCUCAACAUAACUCGCAACAAAACUCUCCUAUUCCCCAAAACCACGCUCUGCCACCUUUGCAGCCCCAGUCGGCCGCCAUGAAUCAAAUGUAUGGCAGCAACCCGCACACGCCCCGCACGCCGGCGACGCCCAAUACGCCCAACUCUAACGGGGGUAACAACCCGGCGGGCAUGGCGAACUAUGCUACCACGGGCCCUCAAGGUGGCCGCGGUACGACGUACCAAAUGCCUGGCAACUACGCCCCGCAACCUCAGGGUUAUCCUACCACCUCCGGCAUGAUCUCUCAGGCGACAUUGGCGCCCUCUCACCCUCAGCCCAUCGCACCCGCUCCUGCUGGAGCUCGGGUCCCCCCCAACCUCCGUCCGAUGCCGCCAGGGGGUGUUAUGCCCCAGCCCGGCGUCCAAUCUCCUUACGGACCCGGUCCUAUGAUGCAACAACCUCUCCCGGAUGGUGACCAGCCCACCCACGUUGUCGGCUCCCAAGGUCGCCGCGGUAUUCUGCCGAGUGCCCCCGGUCGUCCUGCUGCCCCUCAAGCCGGCACUGGAGCAGCGAAGAAUACUGUUAUCCCCGUCAAGGAUGCGGACGGCAAGUUCCCUUGCCCUCACUGCACCAAGACGUAUCUGCAUGCGAAGCACCUGAAGCGGCACCUGCUGCGACACACCGGCGACCGCCCCUACAUGUGUGUUUUGUGUCGUGAUACGUUCUCGCGAAGUGAUAUCCUUAAGCGUCACUUCCAGAAGUGCUCCAUUCGUCGUGGUAACCCUACCGGUGCCAGCCACCUGUCGCAUCCGCAGGCCCAUGUCAAGAAGAAUGCUGCCGCUCAGCAGAAAGCUGCGCUCGGUCAGGAGGGCGGUGAUCUCAAUCACCUUAACACCCUGAACAACAUGCCCACGGAUGGCAUGGUCCAGCCCUUUGGCAUGAUGCCACAAGUCGCCGACGGCAUGAACAAUAUGCAAAACGACCAAAACCAAAUGUCACGAUCCAGCAGUCUUGCCCGACUGGACAAUGGCAACAACCAGGAUAGACGCGGUAUGCCAGGAUCUGUCAUGGGAACGAACGGUCGGGGUGGCAACUUUGAGCAGGCGCCGUAUAACGGAGACGUCAACAAUACCAUGCCGUCCAACAUGAACCAGCAGAUGCCCAACUACAACAUGCCUCCGAACCAGAACCCCAUGCCCAUGUAUGGCAACUCUAACCCGAACCAACAGUCGGGUCUUGACUGGGGCCAGAUGUUCCCUUCGGGUAGGCAAACCCCCUUUAUCCGAAAUCCUUCAUGCUUCUUCUCACUAACGGCAUUCAGACGCAGAUCGCAACCCAGCAAGAGCCUAAUCUCCGAUGCCCACAGAACCCAGGGGAACCCCGCUGCUAACCGAUGA